UUCAGCUGAGCGAAGCAAACAUUUAAAAUCGAAUAUGGCGGAUGGAAAGUGUUCCGGCUAAAAUGUAAACAAAGAAGAGAACCAAAAAAUCAAGUCAAGAAAAAAUGUCACAAUUGUCAAUUAAAUACAAGGUUGUGUAAAUGAUGAAAUUGACGUAAUAGAAACUUGGUUGUCAUUAGAAGUGUCACAAAGUAGUAUGGCAGAUUAUCAGAAAUUAAACAAUGAACACACUGGUGGUGAAGAUGGCGAAGCACCAGCAGAAAAUGCAGCUCCGGUGAAAUCAAGGGAAUUGUGGGGAUAUCCAAUGCAAGUAUACUUUAUUCUUGGAAACGAGUUCUGUGAACGAUUCUCAUACUAUGGAAUGCAUGCAAUUCUCGUUAUUUAUCUCACAAGUAUGUUGCAUAUGUCGAAGGAUGAUGCUACUGCUGUUUAUCAUGCAUUCAAUAUGCUGUGUUAUUUUUCACCAAUAUUUGGUGCAAUUAUUGCUGAUAGUUUCUGGGGCAAAUAUAAAACCAUCUUAUACGUAUCAUUGGUGUAUGCACUUGGGAAUGUUGUUGUAUCAUUUACGGCUGUGCCGUCUAUAUUAAAUGCAGUAAAUUUGGCUGGUCCAGCUAUUGGUUUAUUUUUAAUUGCUAUGGGUACAGGAGGCAUUAAACCAUGUGUCUCUGCAUUUGGUGGUGAUCAGUUUGAAGUGGGUCAGGAAGAUAAACUUCAAAGUUUCUUUUCCAUCUUUUACUUUGCCAUAAACUUUGGAUCAUUAAUUGCUACCCUUUUAACACCAAUACUCCGUGGUGAUGUCAAUUGUUUUGGUGAUGACUGUUACCCUCUUGCAUUCGGCGUUCCAGCUAUUCUCAUGAUUAUUUCUGUGAUUUUAUUUGUUUCUGGGAGUGCUUUAUAUAAGAAGGUUCCACCAGAAGGAAAUGUUGUCGUAGAAGUUGGAUCGGCUGUUGGUAAUGCUUUAAAAAAUAAACUAUCAAAUUGUGGUCAGGGAAUAAAAAAAAGUCAUUGGAUGGACUGGGCGGCGGACAAGUUUUCUCCUGUGCUUAUAUCCGACAUCAAAGCGUUGUUUAAGGUUUUAUUUAUGUUUCUGCCCCUGCCAUUCUUUUGGACUUUAUUUGACCAGCAGGGUUCACGCUGGACGUUGCAAGCAAUGGAAAUGAAUGGAGAUAUUGGUUUAGGUGGGAUGGUAAUUAAGCCAGAUCAAAUGCAGGCUUUGAACCCUGUUUUUGUUAUGAUUCUCAUACCCUUCGUUGAAACUGUGAUAUAUCCAGUGGGGAAAAAAUGCGGACUCUUCACAAAACCUCUCCAACGUAUGGGUAUCGGUAUGGCAUUUACUUCGAUAUCAUUUGUUAUAGCAGCUUUUCUUCAGAUGAAAAUGGAGGCGAAAUCAUCUGUAGCAAACUUACCAGCCACUGGUUACUCCAAUUAUCGUGUCAUCAACACUGUUCCCUGCGCUAUUACAAUUGUUGGGGAAGGCGUGAAAAAUAAAAACCUCACUGUACCAACUCAAUCUGCAACUGAAUAUUUUGCUGUACCAACAAAAUUAAAAAGUUUGCUCAUCAACUCCGAAUGUCCGCAUGACGAAUUGGAAAGUCCUGUCAGUAUAAGUGAAAAGAAAAGUUACAGUUUUGUAGUUGGAACCAAUCACAGCAAGCUAACUGUUCUACAGCUUAUGGAUGAGAUGACGCCAACAUCACGUGGUCACGCUAAAGUACGUUUCUUUCAUGCUGGCGGCUCGGUAAAGGACUCCAUUAAAGUCAAGCUGAACGAUUCCUUUCAACUUGAUCUGUCACCGUUCGAACAGCCGAAAUAUAUUCGUGUGUUGUCUCAAACUUACAAAGUGCGAGUAUUCGAUGGUACAACAAAGAUGGCUGUUAAAGAAAUAAAGUUUGGUAAUGGCGGUAUCUACACAGUUGUCAUUCAACCUAAAAAUGAUAAAUACGAAAACUUUUUACUGUUUAACUAUGCGGAUGUGUCUCCACGGCCUAUCUGUAUCUUGUGGCAAGUACCACAGUACUUAAUUAUAACACUGGGGGAGGUCAUGUUCUCUAUCACCGGACUGGAAUUUGCGUAUUCACAAGCUCCACCCUCGAUGAAAUCUUGUAUCAUGGCAGCCUGGCUGUUGACAGUUUCCGUGGGUAACUUAUUUGUAGUCAUAUUAGCUGGUGCCAAACUGACAGACGACAUGGCGGUAGAAUUUAUCUUUUUUGCCAUAUUACUCGCCGUCGUUACCGUCAUAUUUGCUAUAAUGGCUUAUUUUUACAAAUACGUCAAUUAUGGCGCCAGUAGAAACGGUGGUGGUGAUGGAGGAGAUGAAGCCGAAGAAGCAAAUGAGAAUACGCCUUUAGUACCAAUGGAUAAUGAGGAGGAACCAGUCCCACCGGAUAAUUCUGAUAAACCUGCAAAAAAUGUAUCUCUUAAUAAUGAAAGCUCGCUUUAAUAGUUAUUUUUUUUAAUUUGAGUUUAGUUUCUAUUUUUCUAUUUUAAACACGUGAAGAAAUUUGUUAUUUUUUUCAAUUUUUUAGUAUACACACAAAUAUUGUGUUUUUAACCUCUUCUUUCCAUUUAUAGAAUGUUUUUGUUACAUAAUUUGUUUUUUAUGGACAUAUUUUACACCGAGUUGGCAAUUAGUGUGAGUGACGUCAACUAUGAUUUUUAAGAACGCUAUGUUACAAUCCAACAACAGUGCAAUCAGGUGUUGUUAAAAGUCUAUAUAUCAUUCGGGAAACUUUUCUUUUGUGAAACCGCUUUUUAUUUUAAAGGUUAAAGUAAAAAAAAUUACAGCCUAUCGGUUGCCAUUUCGUCAAUCAAGACAAUAUUUGGCGUUUUUUUAUAACCUCACAAGUACGAUAAUUUCUCUGUUAUUUAAUAUUUAAAUAUUUUAAUUUAAGUAUCUGGGAUUAUCAUGGGAAUAAAAAAUAUAUAUUCCAUCAUAUUUUGUUUCUAAGGUUUGUAACGUUUUAGUAAGGAUGCUAUCUUCGCCCA